AACAAUUUGAAAUAUUACUAGUAGUAGUAGUAGUACAUUUAUUGCCAAUUAUUCAAGUUGAAUUUAACUGAGCGAACUCUAUUUCAAUUGUCGGUAAUAUAUAUACCCAUAUAUAUAAAUAUAUAAAAAGCUUGAAACAAUCUACAAUUUUGAUUAAUCAUCAUCUCUAUUACAUAAUACAAAAUGGGACGAAUACAAAUUGUUUAUUCUCCUGAUGAAAAUGUGUCUGGACGAAUCAACCAUCCUGGUAAACAAGUCGUUGAUCCACGUACUGGAAAAGUAAUCCGAGUGAGACGUGAGACACCAGAUGAUUACUUGAAUGUACUGAAACCUAUCAAAGGUCCAAAACGUAUGGAAUUCAAUCCAUACCUUCCUAAAACACUUACUCCAAAAGGAUAUGCUAAGUUGAAAUUAAUGAUGAGUGUUGCAAGUAAACAAUAUGAAACACUGGUUACACGUUUAAAAGCUGAACGAAAACUUUGGGAAGAUCCAGAUUUUCCAGCUGAUGACAGUGCAAUUGGCAAUAUACCAGGUUUCAAAGAAAGACUUGAAUGGAAACGACCACAUGAAAUAAAUCCAAACGCCUGUUUCUUUUCUGCGGGAGCAAGUCGUUUCGAUAUUGAACAAGGUGCACUUGGUGAUUGUUGGUUACUUGCAGUUGUGGCUUCUAUAGCAGGUUAUCCACAAUUAUUUGAUCAGGUGGUACCUAAAAAUCAAGAACUAAAAGGACCAGAUUAUGUUGGUAUUGUACGCUUUCGAUUUUGGCGUUUCGGUCAAUGGGUCGAAGUGCUUAUUGAUGAUCGUCUUCCAGUUCGUCAAGGACGUAAUCAACUUGUUUUUAUGCAUUCCAAUGAUCCUACUGAAUUUUGGUCAGCUUUGUUAGAAAAAGCAUAUGCAAAAUUAAAUGGUUGUUAUGCUCAUUUAUCUGGAGGAACACAAUCUGAAGCGAUGGAAGAUUUAACUGGUGGAAUUUGUUUACCAAUUGAAUUAAAUCAAAAUGAUCGUCCAAAAGAUCUCUUAGAUCAACUUAAAGUCUAUGCACAACGUUGUUGCCUGAUGGGUUGUAGUAUUGAUUCAUCAGUUGUAGAACAAAAAAUGGAUAAUGGACUUAUUGGUGGUCAUGCAUACAGUUUAACAGGUGUAUAUCCGGUCGAGUACCGAGGUCGAACUCAAUGGUUAAUGCGUCUACGUAAUCCAUGGGGUGAUAGUCAUGAAUGGAAAGGUGCAUGGUGUGAUGGUGCACCGCAAUGGCGUGAAAUCAGUGAACAACAAAAACAAAAUAUUCAUUUGAAAUUUACUGCAGAUGGAGAAUUUUGGAUGUCCUAUGAAGAUUUUGUUAAUUGUUUUACACGAGUUGAAGUUUGUCAUUUAGGUCUUGAAAGUUUAGAGUAUAAUCAAAAUUUCCAAGGAAAAAGACGAUUAGAUGAAGCAAUAUUCUCUGGUCAAUGGCUAUGUAAAGUGAAUGCUGGUGGUUGUGUGAAUAAUCGCAGUACCUAUUGGACGAAUCCACAAUUUCGCAUUACCGUUGUAGAUCCAGAUCCUGAUGACAAUGAUAAUCUAUGUUCCAUACUUAUUGGUUUAAUGCAAAAAGAUAUCAGAAAGAAAGCUGGUGCAGAGUUUAAAUUUAUCGGUUUUAUGAUGUAUGAUGCACCUGAGGAUCAAAACACACUAUUAUCACGUGCAGAAUUAUUAAUGAAAAAACCAAUAGCUAAAUCACAAUUCAUUAAUACACGUGAAGUGACAACACAAUUUCGUGUACCACCAGGAUCAUAUGUAAUUAUACCGAGUACAUUUGAACCGGAUAUUGAAGCAUCUUUCAUACUACGUGUUCUAUCACAAACAGGCAUUACAGAAUUAGAACUUGACGAUGACAAUACUAAUCAAGGUCUACCGGAAGAUGUCAUUGAAGCUUUGAAAUUAGAAGAUACUCUGUUAGAUGAAGAUCAAGAAAUUGAGAAGCAAUUCGUAGCUAUGCGUGAUCCAAAAACUCUGGCUAUCAAUGCAGCUAAAUUGGGUGAACUUUUAAAUAAUAGUACAUUACAAGAUAUGCCUAAUUUCAAAGGAUUUAAUAAAGAAUUGUGUCGUAGUAUGGUUGCUUCUAUAGAUAAUAAUUUAACAGGUCAUGUUGAAUUAAAUGAAUUUAUGGAUCUUUGGAUACAAGCUAAAGGAUGGAAACAUAUAUUCCUAAAACAUGAUGUUGAUCAAAGUGGAUUUUUCAAUGCAUAUGAAUUUCGUGAAGCAUUAAAUGAUGCAGGCUAUCAUGUGAGCAAUCGAUUGUUUAACGCAAUUGUCAAUCGAUAUCAAGAUCCUGGUACGGAUAAAAUCAGUUUUGAAGAUUUCAUGUUAUGCAUGGUUCGACUUAAAACUGCCUUUGAAACAAUUGAAGCACAUCCGAAAAAUUUAGAAGGCACAUCAUUAUUCAGUACUGAAGAUUAUCUACGAUUUUCAGUUUAUAUUUGAUUUUGUCAUGGAACACAAUCAGUUUAAUUAGAAAAUUCUAAUGACAAUUUUACUUCUCAUAAUCGAAAAAAUUUAUUGUCUCAACACCAUAUGGUUAUUGAGUUAUUUUUCUCACUUUAGAAAUCUACCUAUUGACAGAUAAAGAAGCAUAUCACUCUCUUUUUUUAUUUGUUUUCUUAUUUUAAUGAAAGAAUUUCUUUUUUUUUAAUAAAACAUUGAUCAUGUUUCAUGUUAAUUCUGAGUUUGUUUUUUUUCAUUUUGGAAAAAUAUUACUUGCAACAUCAUA